AAUACGUCACUGACGGGAGCGGUAGCGCGUGCGAGUGAAGGCUUUUGUUUUUCCCCUUUGUCUUUGUCCUUCUACCAUCGUACGCGAACGACGCGUGAUAAAAAAAAAAAAAAGUUGUCGCGGGGUGUCAAUGUUGAGUUAAAACUCAUCAAAGCGGACCCAAUCGGCGUUGUUCAAGUUAGCUCAGCCUGCUAGCGGCAAACGAAGGCAGAACGUGAGAGACGUUCAAGUUAGCAACGAGAAGAGAGCAAGCCCGGUUGUGUGAAAAUGUGUAAAGUCACAAUGUUGAGAGAAUUAAUGAAGCAGCGACUAAACUUGGCCAUGGAGGGAAUAUUUCAACUUUUUGAAAGAACGAUAUUGGAGUACGAGGAGGAACUUCGUCGAACAAAAGAGGCGAAAGAGCAACAAGGCGAACUAUUGGACGCCGUUUUAAAGUCUCAUGUUGGCUUUCACUGUGCAGAUGUGCAGCAGGUGUUGAUGCAGAGUCCAGAAGAGGUUCCUUUUGAGCAGGAUGAGCAGGAGGAGCAGGAGGAGGCAGAGGAGACGGCGGGGGAGGAGCACAUCCCGAGUUCCCCGCUCAUUAAACAGGAAGAGGAGGACGUUUGGAGUUGUCAGGAUGGGAAGCGGCUUCCAGGCAGGCAGGUAGAGAGUGGUGUCAACACGGUCGCUUUGACUGAUGUCCACUUGAAGAGCGAGGAGGAUGAAGGUCAGUCCUCACAGCUUCACCACACUCAAAGUGCGGAACAGUUUAGUCAAUGCGAAUCUGAUGGCGAACACUACAAAGUAUUCAACAUUGCUCCGCUAUCAGACACAGACGACAAGGUGUCUUCCGAUACCGACGCCCCCAGAGUACCUCUGGAGAACUCCGAAAGCGACGCAUCGCAUCACGCCAACAACAAAUCCCUGAGUUGCUCCAAGUGCGACAAAGUAUUUGGCUCAAGUAGAAACAUGCGACGACACUUGAAGACGCACAUACAUACUACAGAACCGCAGUACAGUUGCCCCAUGUGCGAGAAAGCCUUCUGGAUCAAGAGGAACCUAAAUAGACACAUGCUCACCCACUCGGGCAUCAGGCCCCACGUGUGCGCCGUGUGCGGCAACACGUUCACCCGAAGCCACCACCUGAAGAGACACAUGGGCACGCACAAAGGUGACAAGCGAGUUUCCAAGCAGUACGAGAAGAAGACCCCCGUCAGUGUGGUCAGCGCGGUCAGUGCGGCCGACCAGCCUAUUCCCUGUUUGUUUUGCACCAAAGGUUUCACAAAAAAAUCCCACCUGGAGAGACACAUGAGGACGCACACGGGCGAGAAACCCUUCAGCUGCGGUGUGUGCGACAAACGCUUCGCGCGUAAAGAACGCGUCCGAAAUCACAAGUGUGUCGUGGACAACAAUGGCAGCGCCUGAGCUACACGGACGCUCGCUUUUUUCGGUUCUGCCUCACACUUCCGUCGUACCGACUCAGCCAGCUCGAUGGUUCGGGUUUCGUCUCUCUCCAAGCGGAUCAAUACGUACCGAUUGCGAGUUCAUCCAUGGCAAUACCCGAGUUCAAUAUGGACUGAUCGUCUAAACGCUGCUGCGCCUGUAAGUGACUAAACUGGACAAUCGCAGGAGAGAGAAAAAAAAAAAAAAACGUUUCCCCAACUUUACUUACCAGGAAACAUUUUGAGGCUCUAUAUACAGUAUAAUAAGGCUGCAGGCCUAUUAUUAUGAUCGUUUAACGCUGACUUUUUUUAAAUUAAUCAAUCAAUCGGAUAAAAACAAUAAAGGAUUUCCACUCCUUGAAUAAAAAAAUUGAACAUUAUUUCAAAUUGACUGCAGAAAAAGUGCACAGAACAGGUUGCUGCGUGAAAAACAACAAUAUGUUGUCAAGUACAGUGGAGGAAGUAAUUUUUUGAUCCCUCACUCGUUUCCUAAGUUCACCCACUGACAAAGACAUGACCUCUCAUGCGUGCCAUUUAGAUCGUCCAUAUAAGCCAUUCAAUUGAUUAAAGCUCACUAAGAAGUAGAAACACUUGAUUUCAAAACCUACCUCGACACUCAUGAUGCUUAUCAUUUUCUGAAUUCAAGGAGUCAAGUUCAAAUAACUUCAUUUGCCAAACCCUGAAGGAAGUCGAUUUUAUGCAAAACAAGAACAUUAUGUACAAAAUAUAUUCAUGAAAUUAUAAUGAACGGUGACACCAUACUUUACCUAUGAAAAAUGUAUAUGUAUUUUGUUGAUUACUGUAUAAACAAGCAGCUGAGUGCUGCGCGACACUGCAUUUCCACACACCCGAAAAAAGUCCUCUUAAUUACUUAAAAUAUUUUCAAAAUAACUUCAAAUAUUGUCACGUGUAACAUUUAAAUUAAACUGAGAGCAAGUCCGUUUGGCUAGCAUGAGCAUCAUGAAAAAAACCGAAAACGAUCACUUCCGCUUGUGUGGCCUUCUGGAAUUUGCGCUGCCAUAUCUGUACAGUCGCUCCACACGUUUAAAGCCUCAGGACUUCAUUUGCGAUUGAUUAAUCAGGAUUUGAUCAGUAACCAGCAGUACUGGCAUCAUCCAAAUGCAGCGUACUCAUUGGUUUUCGAGACGCUGCUAUGUGCCCGUGACGGCACUGGGGGUCUGCUGCUCUUUGUGCGCAACGCAUCAACGGAGCGAGUGACUGACGUAAUAAUUUGCGUGACACAACAAAUGGAUAAUGAAAUUCAUAGCCAAAACUUUUAAAUAUCGAUUUUAUUAAUUCGUUGUUGCAGCUCUACAGUAUACUGUAUUAAUUUUAUGUUAGAACCACAAACAACAUGUCGCAAUUGUCAAGGAUGAAGCUGCCCUGGCUGCUGUAACUAUAUUAUUAUAAUCAUACAAAGAGGGGAAUCAAGCUAGUAAUAAAUGGAAAGUGUGGAUAUUUCAGAGGCUGUUGGAAAUGAUCGCUCCAUUCAUUGACUACUUGUACAUUUCCGCGACAGACACUCUGCACACUUUAAUGUUUGUAGCACCGGGUAUAGGUUAAAUUAUAGCUAUUUGUUGUAAAACACAAUGUAUAUACUGUAUUGUCCUUUUUUUGUUGUUGUUUUUGGUACGGCUUAAGAAUGGCGGCGGCAGGCUGCCACUCGCUUAUGGCCGGAAAACGUGAAGGCUUCUGUGAAACGACGUGGCAUUUUUGAUUGGCCGUUGCAUUUGCGUUUUGCUGAGGCCCGUGUUAAACAUAAGGCUACGUUCACACUUCAGGGCAUGAUGCCCAAUCUGGAUUUUUUAAUUAAUUUAUUUUUUUAAAUUAAAUCUGAUCUUUUUAUGUAGUCAUUCACAUUAAAAUAACUGGAGAGGGAAUGCGUCCGUGAUGUCACACGCAUGCGCACAAAACAGGACGUCGCAUAGCUCAUGCGCACAAAAACGAGGCCCCUCGCGUAGAUCUUGUCAUAACGCACCAGUGGUAUAAUUUCAAGGAUUUUGUGCAGCCGGACCCAACAUUCUCUUGUAUUUAUCUAUUACCUAAAGCAUAUUAUUUUCACCACUGGCUGUUUUCUGCCGUUUGCUUUUUUCGCGUGUCUGUUAUGUCGAGCAGUUGUGAUGUUUGUCGCCGUUUGAUGACGUGUGGGUCGGAGGAGCGCGCCGUACGCGUCCACAUUGCACUCGUGUCGGAUCCAUAUCCGAUUUCUAUACAUACGAAAGAGGCCUGGGUCAGAUGACAAAAAAAUCGGACUUGUACGAUUCACAAUGACAUGAAAAAAAAUCAUAUAAAUGUCACAUUGGGCAAAAAAAUGUAAAUUGACCUGCAGCGUGAACAUAGCCAAAGUGUACGUUAGUUCAAGAAGUCCAGGUAGCUGUAGGACUGGGCUGCCAUUUUGUUUUCAAUGUUUUUCUCCUGUUUGUAGGGAGCCAUGUAAGAGACCAAUGUUCGAGUUUCAUGAUUUUCUUUUGUUUAGUUUGACAAAAUAGUCCAUUUUGUUUGUCGCUGAUUUAAGUAUAAAUAAAUGAUCUUUGUUUGGACUGCAA